AUGGGGUUUUGGUUAAAUGGAGCUUGGAUUUGGAAUUUUACUUGGAGGAGGGCACUAAGAGAGUGGGAACUGGAUCUGCUAAAUCACUUGAGGAGUACAUUACAAUCUUUUGUGCCAUCCCUGAAUGAUGCAGAUUCUUGGCUUUGGUUAGCUAGUCCAGAAGGUAAAUAUACAGUCCAAUCUGCCUACUUGAGUUUACAAGAUCAUGGCACAGAUUUGAACUUAAUUGAUGACACUUUCAAGAAUCUUUGGAAUGUCCCAGCACCUUCAAAUGUCUUGGCUUUCACUUGGAAAGUCUUCCAUGAUCGAAUUCAGACAAGGGUUAAUCUCAGCAAAAGACAAGCUCUUCCCUUACCGGCUGAUGUUCGAUGCCCCAUGUGUCUGUUACAUGAAGAAACUUCAAUGAAUCUUCUCUUUUCUUGUCCAGCAGCAUGGAACAUUUGGAUGGCCUGCUAUAAGUGGUUCGGAUUUACUACUGUGCUACCUAACAAUGGUAAAGAACACUUCUUGCAGCAUGUCCAACCGUGGUGGUCAAAAUCUCAAAAGCUAGGAGCUUGGGCAGUGUGGAUAGCUGUAAUUUGGGGUAUUUGGAAUUCCAGAAACAAUUACAUUUUCAACAAUGUGCCCCUAAAUGUUGAUAAGGUAAUAGAUGGGAUACAAUUCAAGUCCUGGAGUUGGCUUAGAGGCAAAUUAAAAGGUUUUAGUUACACAGUUUAUGAGUGGCAAGCUCAGCCAUUCAUUGCAAUUACUUCUUUGUGA